AUGGCUACUCUUAUUUACUCAUUUCUGCUCUCUUCAAUUUACUUCACAUUAUCCUGCUUUGCCGCCUCCGAUAGCGGCGGCUUCACCCUCGAUCUGCUCCACCGCGAUCCUCCCUCCGGCGAAUCCCGCUUCCGCAGCAUCAGGAGCGCAAUCGACCGCUCCUUCUCUCGAAAAUCAUUCCUGCUCUCGAAGCUCAAUAAAUCUCAGAUUGGAAUCGACUCGGUCGAUGCUACCAUCACCGGUGCCGGAGGAGAAUACCUGAUGAAGUUCCUUAUCGGAACUCCACCGGUGGAGCAGCUCGGGAUCGCCGACACCGGCAGCGAUCUCCUCUGGACGCAGUGCCUCCCGUGCAUGCAGUGCUACAAGCAGGACUCUCCGCCCUUCAAUCCUUCGAAAUCGAGAUCCUACCGCCCGAUCUCCUGCCAAUCCAGCCUCUGCCAGGCCGCCGGCAGUGCGUCGUGCGACGACGGCAGCCACUGCCAGUACCAGGUCUCCUACGGGGACAGGUCCCACUCAGCCGGUGACGUGGCAACCGAAACCCUAAGUUUUGGCGGGAAAAUCAAUUUCCCUAAAGUCGCCUUCGGAUGCGGCCACGAUAAUGAUGGAACGUUCAGCCAGACCGGAUCUGGCAUCGUCGGCCUCGGCGGCGGAUCCGUCUCCAUCGUCAACCAGCUCCGGUCCACCACCGGCGGCAGAUUCUCCUACUGCCUGACGCUGCUCAACGCGAAGGCCUCGAGCAAAAUCAGCUUCGGCAGCGACGCCGUUGUUACCGGAUCCGACGUCGUAUCGACUCCGCUGGUGAAGAAAGCUCCGGCUACUUUCUACUAUUUAACAUUGGAAGGAAUCAGCGUCGGAGAGAAGAGGACUGAUAUUGCCUUAUCCUCGAAAGCUCAAUUUGGGGGAUCGGUGGAGGAGGGGAACAUCAUAAUCGAUUCGGGGACGACGCUGACGUUCUUGCCGCAGGAGAUCUACGAGGGGGUGGUUUCGGCGCUGGCGGAGGCGAUCGACGGGGAGAGGGCUAGCGAUUCGCAGGGGACUUUCGGUUUAUGCUACCGAGUUUCCAGCGGGCAGGGGAUUGAUUCGCCGCCGGUGACGGUGCAUUUCGCGGGGGCGGAUUUGGUGGUGGAGGCGGUGAGCUUGUUUGUGGUGGUGGAGGAAGGUUUGAGCUGUUUGACGAUGGUGGCGACGCAGGAUUUGGCGAUAUAUGGGAAUCUGUUACAGAUGAAUUAUCACAUUGGGUAUGAUUUGGUGAAGGGAGAAGUUAGCUUCCAGAAGACUGAUUGCGCGGCGGAGCUGCAGGAGUGA